AUGACUAUGGCGACCAAUAAAUCCAUCCGAGAAUUCUUCAAACCAAAGGUCGUCAUGGAGCCAGCUACCGGUAAAUCUGCUCCGUCACCAGCAGUCAAAGGCCCUCCUGCACCAACAAUGAGAGCUUCCAAUAUACCCGCAUCAAGUUUCCAAAUGGCGCCUCGACUUCCAUCUGCGCCCAACUCCUCAAAUCAGCGAAGCUACACUUCCAGCUUAUCACCGCCGCCAAGCAGUGAUGCCUCAGACCAGCCGCAUUUAGAACAAAGGGAGAAUGUACCACCGCAAUCCUUGCCAGCAAAGAGGCCAUCAGACCGUAUUAUCCAAAAUUCAGACGAUGAAGAUGAUUCCGAUGACUCUCUAGAAGAUCUCUCCACAAUCCUAGCAGCAAGAUUUCCCAACACUGCAAACCGGUCUAAAACGUCAGGUGAUAAAGCAAAGCCUACUACGCCAACGGCGCCACGGUAUAAAACACGGACAAAUAACUUCCAUGUUUCACCAAUGCCUGUGUUAUCAAAAAAGAAGUUCGACCUGAAAUCCCUAGUCAGUCAUGCUCAAGAUGACGAGGCUGCUGAGGCUACCACCCAGAGGUAUAAAGCUAUGUUAGAGGAGCCAGGUAUCGAGGAAGAUGAUGUAUCUGCUCUAGAUCCUGCGAAGCGAGGGAAAUUCAAACACAGUGCCUUGCUGGAAUCAGUGGUUGCGAGCGGAGAAGAUGGAGGAGCUCACAGAGUCGCAAGGGCUAUACAGAGGACAGAAGCUACAGUAACAGAGCAACGAUGGUAUUUUUUUGAGACUGGGAUCAAACAAGCGAAGCCGGAACGCAAACGCUUUCCAGUUGCUUCAGUACCUGAUAUUUGGAAAGACGUGCUAGUUGAUCCUCAGAUGAGGCAACAGACCUUUGCAUUUGGCUUUGCCGAAGAUAUGGUUUCCAUGGGCCAUGAUCUCCCAGACGAGCUCUUCCUCUGGAUAUUGGACGAGGUAUCAGUGGAAUCAAGAGAUCCUCUUCGGUCAUCAUACCUCAACGUCAUGAAACAGAGCGAUGAACAAAUCAAAAGACUUAUUACGGUCGAAGCUAUAAGCUCCACGUUUCUCCGCUUAGGAGCCACUCCGGAAGCUCAAGCAGUAGAAGGUCUGAAGCCAGUCAACAAGCUCAAAAAUCCGUACCCGAGGCGAGACUGGGGAAAUCUACUAGCGACCAUAAAGUUCUUCGGGCAGGUAGCGAAGUUAUUGAACGAAAAGCCUAGACGACAUCUCAUCUUUGUACUUCUAAAGUUGAGUUUAGACAGAAUUGUUUCCGAGAACGCCGAUAUUCAAGAUGCAGUCCAAGAGACCAUUGCUCGGCUAUGUCAGUAUAUUAAUGACUGGGAUGAUACAUGCAUCUUUGUCUGCGAAAGCAUCUUCAAAAGCACCUCCUCCUCCCCCCUCCGCCUCCAAGCGGUCGAGUGCAUCUCCUCCGCCUCGUCACGCACCCACGAUCUCCGGCGCCGCCUUGCAGCCUGCUUUUUCCACGACUCCCUAAUUCACGCCUCCAAAUCCAGCUACUACAGCACCUCCCUGGGCUCUAUAAUGAACACCCUCCACAGCCCUCGUUUCCGCAUCAUACCAGCAACCGACACUUCCCCAGGAACAGACUACCACGAGCUCCGCGCCUUGGUCUAUCUCCUCGACGUCACGCUCGACGAUGGCCUAUCGUCGGAUCGUGACCUGAGCGACAAAGAGCAGGAAGAGAUAUUCAAUGAGGAUAUCGAGGAAUUUGGUAAGCAGUUGGACUGGAUUGGGUCGAAGAUUCAGACAGGGGGCGCUGCGUUCUUCACGCGGUUGGAGACGAAGGAGGCGUUGACGCUGGUGAAGCAGAGGGCGGUGGGGAUGUUGAGAACGAAGAGCAAGUUGAAGCAUUCGUGGUAUAAUGAAAAUGAGGAAAAGGAGAAGAAGAGGUUGGAGACUUUUGAGAAGGAGAAGAAGGGAAUGGCUUCUUUCCUGAAAAAGCAGGUUGCGGAGUAG